AAAGCUCGAUAUUGUUCCAAAAUCACAUGAACUAAUAUCAAACCCUAGUGUAGUCCCCCCGUCCACUGUCAGAUCCACCCAUUCAAUCCUGUCCAAAAACCCAAACCCCUCCACCACCACCGCCACGACGACCAACGGUGAUUGAUUAGGCUGAACGAAAAUAAGCAAUGGCGGCGAAGUACGAUUUGACACCACGAAUAGCGCCGCAGUUGGACAGGCACCUGGUGUUUCCUCUACUGGAGUUCUUGCAGGAGAGGGGACUGUAUGCAGAGGAGGAUAUUUUAAAGGCAAAAAUAGAGCUUCUUAACAACACCAACAUGGUCGAUUACGCCAUGGACAUCCACAAGUCCCUCUACCACUCCGACGACGUCCCCAACGAGAUGGUGGAAAGGAGAGUUGAGGUGGUGGCCAGGCUGAAAUCACUGGAGGAGUCUGCGGCUCCUAUCAUAACUUUUCUGCAGAAUCCAAACGCCGUUCAAGAAUUAAGGGCUGACAAACAGCACAAUCUUCAGAUGUUGAACGAUCGUUAUCAGGUUAGGAUUCAUAUAGUGUUGCUUAACAUCUGA